AUGACCUCCAGCAUUCCUCAAGCACUGUCUUUGCCGCCUAAGCCCCCCUCCGUGUGCGAAACGUGCUGGAAGGGUCCGCUCGCCGCACAGCUUGGGCUCCUCACCACCCCAGUCACGCUAAACGAGGAACGUAUUGUCGGAGGAUAUUCAUACUCUAUCUCGGGCCUCGAGCUGGAGCACGGUUCCGCUUCAGGCUGCGCACUGUGCACGUUCUUACUAGCACACGGUGUCCCAUCUCGCGAUGCCAGACGACAGCUAGUUGAUCAGGUGAAGAUUACCCUCGGAUCAAGUGGGGUACCCUUCUGCGUGCCGGCUAAAGCGCAGGAGCUCAACGUGGUUGUGAACGACGAAAUGUCCGUGUUCGAAGGCCUCGUGCAUACAUCUUCAGACGAUCCCGCGGCACCGUAUAUUGUCGCAAGGGAUCCUGUUUUGAACGUUGGCUCCCCGCGCUCUCUCUCUCUCGCGAAGGCACUCGUCAACGAAUGCGUCCAUGGCCACGAGCGUUGCAUAUACAUCUCGCCACCCUCCGACGUUCGCCUCCCCACGCGCCUAGUCGACUGUAUCGAUCCCGCUCGCCCGCGCCUAGCCUCUACGGGGGGUGAAUACGGCAAAUACCUGGCCCUCAGCUACGUGUGGGGCGAACCGCAGCAACACCAAACCACGGUGUCCAACAUAUCCGCAUACGCCGACGGGAUCGACGCAGCCUUCCUUCCCCGGACUAUCCACGACGCGAUCCAUGUCACGCACUCGCUCGGAUUCCGUUAUCUCUGGGUCGACAGCUUGUGCAUCGUGCAAGACUCGGACGAGGACAAACUGCACGAGCUGGGGCGCAUGCACUUCAUCUAUCGCUACGCGUACUUGACCAUCAUCGCCGCCAGCGCAGAGCGGGUCAGCGCGGGCUUCCUGCAAGAUCGACCGGCCAAGGACAGCACCACGCUUCCGUUCAUGUGUCUCCCGCGCCCCCUCGCGCCCGGAGACAGCAACACGGACGUGCGACAGGUGGGCGAAGUGCACGUUACCGCGAGAGCCCUCAGCGGGGCCGUUGCGGUCUACAAGAACUUCGACGGCAUGGACCCCGUCCACACGCGGGGCUGGUGCCUGCAAGAGCUCUACCUGUCCCCGCGCGCGCUCAUCUUCACCUCCAGGACUCUCCGGCUCAGGUGUCAGGCGGCCACGCAGAACGUCGGCGGGUCCCUCUACAAUAUGCAGAAUGACGUCGGGUUGCCCGACGCGCUCUUCCACCCCGCGCCGCCGCCUGUAGCGUACGGAUCCGCGGAGUGGGUCGACUUGCACACCCGUUGGUGGAGCAUCGUAGACGGAUAUACACGACGGGCGCUCGGCCAUCCGUCGGACAAGCUCGUUGCUUGUGGUGCGCUCGCGGAGGCGUUCCACCGCGUCUUGCGCACGGAUUAUCUCGCCGGCUUGUGGCGCGACACGCUCGUCCGCGACCUCGUUUGGAGCAGGGCGAUACGGGGCACGGAUCGCCCGGCGGUGUAUCGCGCGCCUUCGUGGUCGUGGGCCGCGGUCGACGGGGAGAUCAUAAUUCAUCGGAUCCACCACGAUGCGGAGGCUGUCGCGGUCGCCGAGGUGGUGCGCUGUACGGUCACGCUCAAGGACACAGGGCUCAUGUUUGGGGAGGUGACGGGAGGAUCCCUCGUUCUUCGUGCGGCCUUGAUGCCGUGCAAGGUGCGCACCGCUGACGACUUUGAUGGUGGUUAUCUUCUGCUGUCGCCGAGGCGGAAGCAGGACUCAGACGUUCCACCCGGCUUCAUCGACGACGCCGUACGAGAAGAUACUAGGAAGGUUCGCGGGCGCUGCCUCACCGACUACAUCGUCGAUCUGCAGGACGAGAGUGAACCCAAGUGGCUCGUCCCGCUCCUGCGAAGGGAUGGUCGGUUCCCCCUGGUGUGGGGUCUUAUGGUGGCGCUCGAAACGCCGGGUUCCGCCUCGGAAACGGGGUUGGGAAAGGUCUACCGGAGAAUCGGAGCAUUUCACGCAGAUUGUUCGUGGGACGUCUUGCAAGACGACCGUGACUCGGACGGCGAGCUCGUGGACAUCGAACUUGUAUGAUCGCAAUCUCAUCGCCGCGGCCGUUCCAUGGAUCCAACGACCAACUUCGUACUCAAGAUUCUGCAUCAUUCCCUUCGUUAAUCUACUGUGUUUCUACCUCGAAAUCGCUCGGAAGAGUCGAGACGCCUUCGGGCUCUCCAUCGGAGCGGUCCCCUACAACUAUGCACACGUCGACC